UCAUGUGCCUCAUGCUCAUAUGUUUUCUAUGAUUAUAGUAUAUAGAUCAGUGAAUGAUUGCGCUGUGGCGUGUUCACUGUCCUCCCAGAAGACCAGGGCUGAAGGGUACCUGGACUUGUUGAUGUUGAGUUGGCGUUUUGGAUGAAGAGCCAAAGAGGGGUCAAAGCAAUAUAAAAAAUAAGAAUUGCACAACUGAAUUAAAGUGCUUUUGAUCAAGUGCAAUGACCGUCCGGCGAGUAAACGUGCUAAUUCUAGUGCUGCUUGCCAUUGCCUUCUUAAUAAUUGUGCAUCGAAAUCUGCUGAACCUCAAUGAUUUCCUGAAGCAAGAGAAUCCAGAUAAAGUGCCUGGGAUGAUACUGCCAUUUGAGACUGAUUUCCUAUUCAAUCAUAAGGUCAUCAGGACAGGCGAUGAGAUUCCAGUGCUCAUCACUGCUCCAGAGGAGAGACUGGGCGCUGCGCUCGCCGCCAUGAACAGCAUCUACUGCAACAGCAAAGCCAACAUAGUGUUCAACAUCGUAACCUUAAAUGAAUCUGUGGGUUAUCUCAGAACGUGGCUGAGUAAGACUGAAAUGAAACAUAAGAUUAUCGUAUUUGAUCCGAAGAUCCUUGCAGGGAAGAUUUCUGAUGAUCCUCAGAAGGUCGAGGCAGUGAAGCCGUUGACCUUUGCCAGAUUCUACAUGCCAUUGUUCUUGCCUGAUGCAGAGAAGGCAAUUUACCUAGAUGAUGACAUAAUUGUACAAGGGGACAUUCAGGAGCUUUUUGACACCAAUCUUAGGUUAGGACAAGCGGCUGCCUUCUCAGAAGACUGUGAUUCUGCCUCCUCCAAAGGCAUUGUCAGAGGAGCUGGAAAUCAGAACAGCUAUAUUGGCUUUCUGGACUUCAAAAAAGAGGCAAUCAAGAAGCUUGGAAUGAGAGCAAACACUUGCUCAUUCAAUCCUGGAGUCAUUGUGGCCAAUUUAACUGAGUGGAAACAGCAGAAUAUCACCAGCCAGCUUGAGUUCUGGAUGGAGCGCAAUGCAAAGGAGGACCUUUACAGUAAGACUUUAGCAGACAGCAUCACAACACCACCUUUGCUUAUUGUAUUCUACAAGCACCACUCAAGCAUCGAUCCCAUGUGGCAUGUCCGACACCUCGGGGCAACUGGAGCAGGGAAUCGGUAUUCUCCUCAGUUUGUGAGGGCUGCCAAACUUCUCCAUUGGAAUGGACAUUAUAAACCAUGGGGCAGGACCUCCUCUUUCUCUGAUAUUUGGGACAGGUGGUACAUUCCAGAUCCCACAGGUAAAUUCCACCCAAUCCGGAGACAUGCCGAGGACAAUUAGACUCUGGUUUUAACUUCAUAACUUUUUUUGACCUGUUGUGGUUUAACAUGACAACUUGGAUAACUGCUUUGAUGGAGUAAAUAUUUGUAAAACAUGGACCCUUCAUGAGGUUCUUGCUAGAUCAUGAUCAAACCUAUCAAUACUCAAAUUACUGGGACUAACAUUGAAACAACAUAGGCCAGGAUGCAACAUUUAGCACCAAUGCACUACCUCAGCAUUCGCUGUCUAAUUGUAAAGUUAUAACACGAUUACAUUUUAUAGGACAACUUCUAAAGUCUUCAUUUUGUGUGUUAUGUCCAUGGUAUGGUAUCUUCCCAUUUCAGUGGAAAACUGUGGACUCACUACUAGCUCAAUAUUUCAGUUUAAGUUCAGAUAUUUUAGAAAGCUUCAGAGCUUACAGGGUUAAUUCACCAAAAACAUUUUUUACUCACCCUUAUGUUGUUCCAAACCCACAGCACUUCCUUUCAGGGAACACAAAAGGAGAUCUUAAGCAGAAAGUUCAGUUUCAGUCACCAUUCACUUUCAUAAUAAGGAAAAAAGAUGCAAUGAAAGUGGGACUGAGGCUGACACUGCCUACAUUUCCUUUGGUGUUUCAGAGGAAAGUCAGUCAUACAGGUUUGAAACAAAAUGACAUUAGUAAAUUAUAGCAAUUUACAUUUUUGGGUAAAUAUGCCUUUAACACACAAACCUGUGACAUUUUAAAAUGUAUAAUCCAAUAUUUUAUACUACAUAAACCACUUUCACCACUUAUUUUUUCAUAUGG